UCCAACACAUUAAUGCAUUUGACAGAACCAAAAAAACACACAACACAACCUGCAUUACUAAUUUACUAUCCUACUAAAAGAUAAAACACACACUUUCUUCACCAUUUCUCCAAAAGUUGUAAACUUGCAACAUGGGUUUCUCUCCUUUCCCAUUUCUACUCACUCUCCUGCUCACAUUCGCCGCCGCCGACGAGCUCACCUCGCUGCUCGACCUCAAAGCCAGCCUCGACCCGGAAAACCUGCAUUUGGGCUCAUGGGUCGUCUCCGGCGACCCGUGCGGCGGCACCUUCGAGGGAGUCGCCUGCAACGAGAGAAAGAAGGUGGCCAACAUCACACUGCAGGGGAAAGGGCUCGCCGGAAAACUGUCGCCGGCGGUGGGAGGACUGCAGCACUUGACCGGUUUGUAUCUGCAUUACAAUUCCUUGUACGGAGACAUACCUGUGGAGUUGGCUAGCUUGACUGAGCUCACCGAUUUGUACCUCAAUGUGAAUAAUUUCUCCGGCGAGAUUCCGCCGGAGCUCGGAAACAUGCAGAAUCUUCAAGUUUUGCAGCUGUGUUAUAACCAGCUGACAGGGAGUAUACCCACAGAGAUAGGUUCUCUGAAGAAGCUGAAUGUUCUAGCUCUCCAAUCCAAUUUGUUGAGUGGUGCAAUCCCAGCCAGAUUGGGCAAUUUGGGAGUCUUGAUGAGGCUAGACCUCAGUUUCAACUGCCUCUUCGGAUCAAUCCCUACCAAGCUGGCUGAUGCACCAUUGCUCGAAGUUUUGGAUGUUCGGAACAACAGCCUCUCUGGCAAUGUGCCUCUUGCUCUGAAGAGGCUGGUGGAUGGGUUUCAGUAUGAUAACAAUCCUGGGCUGUGUGGGUCUGGUUUCGCUUCUCUGAGGAGCUGUACUGAUUCGGAACGUCCCAACUCGGAGAGGCCGGAGCCUUAUGCAGGAGGAGGGGAUGGUCUCUCAACCAAGAAUAUACCAGAGACUGCUGAUCUGAAUUUGAACUGCAGCCAGAGUUCUUGCUCCAAGAAAUCUAAGACCUCUUUGGCUGUUGGCGUAGUGGUAGCUUCUGUUGUUGCGUCGGCUGUAGGCAUUCUGAUGUUUGCACUCUACCGCAGGCGGAAGCAGAAGCUUGGUAGUGCAUUUGAAAUGUCUGAGAGCCGGCUCAGUACUCACCGUGUGAAGGAGGGUUAUAGAAAGAAUGGAUCUUCUCCACUUUUCAGCCUUGAGUACUCGAAUGGAUGGGAUCCAUUGGCUGAGGAUCGCCGUUUUGGUGGCAUGCAAGAAGCUAUGCAGAGUUUUAGGCUUAACCUGCAAGAGGUCGAGACAGCUACUCAGUACUUUGCUGAUAAGAAUUUGCUAGGGAGGAGUAACUACUCAGUGACGUAUAGAGGCACUUUAAGAGAUGGAUCCGCUGUUGCGGUUAAGAGGAUUAUGAAGAGUAGCUGCAAGUCGGAGGAAGCUGAGUUCUUGAAGGGAUUGAACAUCCUCACUUCGUUGAGGCACGAGAAUUCGGUGAUGCUUAGAGGGUUUUGCUGCUCUAGAGGCCGCGGUGAAUGCUUCCUCGUUUAUGAUUACAUACCAAAUGGGAGUUUGUUCCGUUAUCUUGAUGUCAAGGAGGGCGAAGGCGAUGUUCUCGAAUGGUCCACCAGAGUUUCUAUAAUCAAUGGGAUUGCCAAAGGCGUAGAGUAUCUGCACGGGUGCAAGGCGAACAAGCCGGCUAUGGUUCAUCAGAACAUCACAAGCAAGAACGUGCUCAUCAACCAGUGGUCAAAGCCCUUGCUAUCGGACUCGUGCCUGCACAAGCUUCUCACUGAUGACACGGUCUUCUCGGCUCUCAAGGCCAGUGCUGCCAUGGGGUAUCUUGCUCCCGAGUACACAAACACUGGCUGUUUCACUGAGAAAAGCGACGUGUACGCUUUUGGGGUGCUUCUCUUCAAGAUCCUGUCUGGGAAGAGGAAAUAUGUGGCUUCUAUGCGCGCUUCUGCUGAGUCGAGCAACCUGAACUUCAUAGAUGCUAAUCUCCACGGGGCGUUCAAGGAAUCUGAAGCUGCUAUGCUUGCAAAUCUUGCUGUCGUGUGCACCCACGAAUCUCCAGAAGAGAGGCCGUCUGUGGAGACAAUUGUACGCGAACUCUGUCACUAGCCGUUGAUAUCAGAAGCCGUGGCGUUGCUUAGCCUUCGAAGAUGUACUAGUUUUAGUAUGUGUAGACUAGUACUAACCACUUAAUAGGGAUGAUCAUGUUGGAUUUGUUGUAGUUUUAGUGUAUUUCAUGAACACGUCCCUUAAUUGAUGGAUAUUGGGAGAUUAUCUAAUCUACUUUCUUUAAUUCA